AUGUUUGAUACCCGGCCCCUCAACGUCGCUCCCCGAGAGUAUGUGGGGGGUGUGCCCGUGUUCUACCCCACCGAGGCAGAGUUUGCCGACUUCUACCGAUAUAACAAGGCCAUCCACCCCUACGGAAUGCGUCUGGGGAUCGUCAAGAUCGUGCCCCCAACCACCUGGCUCAAACGCGUCCAGCAGUUGUACACGCAACAGAACCUUGACGGCAUUGUUAUCCGCAACCCGAUUGUCCAACAUAUCAAUGGUUACGGCCAAGGGGUAUACCACCAGCAAAAUAUGGAAAAGGGGCGCAAAUACUCGAUCUGGCAGUGGAAAUCUCUGAGUAAUAACCUCAAUUUCCAACCACCAAAGACCAAAUUGAAGGAGAAUAAACCUCAUAUUUCUGAACCUCAACGCAUUGCCACUGCCAAGGCUAAACUACCGCUCCCACGUGACCAAUUCACCAUCGACGCCCUGGAAUACUCUCAAGAACGGUGUCAGGAGCUUGAGAAGAUUUACUGGCGGUCGCUUACAUACGCGGAACCAAUGUACGGGGCUGAUACUCUUGGUCUGCUUUUCCCCGAUGAGUUUGGUCCUUGGAACGUCGCCCAUUUACCUAAUAUUUUGGACUUAUUGGACCGUCGAUUACCAGGGGUAAACGACGCCUACUUGUACGCUGGUCUUUGGAAAGCGACGUUUGCCUGGCACUUGGAAGACCAGGACCUUUAUCUGAUUAACUAUAUCCAUUUCGGUGCCCCUAAACAGUGGUAUCUGAUCCCCCAGUCUCAGGAAAAGGCAUUUUUUGACGUGAUGAAACUGGAGUACCUGGAUGAUUAUAAUAGUUGUCUGGAGUUCUUACGCCAUAAAGAGUAUAUGGUACUGCCGGAAUUCUUGAAACGUAAAGGGAUUGAAGUGAAUCGUAUUGUCCAUCGUGAAGGAGAGUUUAUCAUUACCUUCCCCUACGGUUACCAUGCCGGUUUCAACUACGGUUAUAACCUAGCCGAAUCAGUUAACUUUGCCCUUGACGACUGGUUCCCUUUUGGUAAAGUGACGAAGAAGUGUGAGUGUACCGCGGACGCUGUGGAAGUCAAUGCCCAUCAAUUAUACUGUAAGUUUAUGGGUAUCCCCUACGAGUACCAUACCCCACCGAUGCUGGAUGAUGAAACUGAAACUGAACGCAAGCCACAACCAGUGAGACGGAUGGUUAAGCGGAAACUGCCAGAGACCACCAAACAGCCACUGACACCGUCUCAACAAGCUCAAACUCAAACCCCUAAACGACCAAAAGUGACCGUUACUGAGUGUACGCUUUGUCCAUUCACUAUUGAAAACACGCCCUUGGCCACAGACUCUCUCUUUGAGCUUUUACCGCUGACUACUACCAAGAUGUGUCACCGUAUCUGUGCCCAAAUGUUCCCAAAGGAAUUGACCAUCGCUGAUGGAAAAGUCCAAGGGCUUGAGCAAAUUCUGAGGGCACAAAGAAAACUCAAUUGUACCGUGUGUCGCCAACCCGGCCCCUGUUUCCAAUGUGCUCACCCUAAGUGUACUCGAAGCUACCAUGCCGCCUGUGGUUUAAAUGACUGGGUAAAAUUCGCUCAGGAUAAAGGCGAAGCGUUGUGCAAGUACCACCGUGACCGCAACCCAGUUUCAGGUAUAACCGGUGACGGGUGGGUCCAGUUCCUGUUUGGUAAGACUCAUCACGUGGCUAAACUUAUUGAGUGUCGUCGGCCUGAAAAUCGAGUGGUGGUGAAACUUUUCCCUCAAUUGAAAGAGACAAUGGAGAUUGACCAGGACCAAAUAACCGGUUUUAUCCCCAGUAAAGUGGUAGAGGAAAACGAAGCGGCCAUCGCUUAUUGGAAAAAGCAUCAUCACCAACAAACGUUGGUAUCUCCUCCAACUCCACUUGAGGUGAAAAUUGAAGUGAAACCAUUUACUAAACCCGUGAAACCGAAACCGAAGCCGCAACUGCAAAAACCGGCCAACAAGACCACCACCACUCCAGCUCGUGGUCGUGGUCGGCCUCGGAAAUAUCCUAAGCCUAAAGAGAUGGAGCCCGUGGUCCCUGGUUCAGUCUACGAGAUUGAAGACCCGUCGGAGUUUUAUCUGAUUGAAGUUAACUCGAAACCAUUCGUGUUACCUCGGGAAUUGACGUUUAUCCUUGAUAAUCAUAGUGCCGCAGUGGUGCCUAAACCCCCUCGAGACCCAACUCCUUCAGUAUUUCAUAACUACCAACCGCAAACGAUGCCACCACCUCAAUUUCCACAGACAUUACCGCCUCAAAUGCCACCUCAAAUGCCGCCUCAAAUGCCACCUCAAAUGCCACCUCAACCCAUGCCAUCGAUGCCCCAAGCAAUGCCAUCUCAACCGAUGCCCCAGGCAAUGCCCCAGGCAAUGGCACAAUCAGUGCCCCAAUCGAUGCCCCAGUCGAUGCCGCCGUCGCUUCGGGGGCUCCCUCAGUUGCUUCCCCGGGCGACAGUGCCUCCUCCAGGCUCGUUUGACCUGUACGUAGGCGUAUUCAGCCUCACCUAG